AUGCCCCCGCCUUCUCCUGCAGCAACCCAAUCGCCCAACCGCCUUCGCCUGCAGCAACCUCAUUUCCCCCUCCAUCUAUCCCCUCCCCUCAUCUCCUCUAUCUGUGAACGUCGCGACGGCAGUGUCGCCCUCGCGUCGCUGCGAGACCACCAGUGGCGUCGUUCCCAACAUCCGGUGGCUUCCACUCCAAGACUGGAUGCAGUGGUUGUCGCUGCUACAAACGGAUCGGUGAGGCGGCUUGAUGAGGCGGAGCUUUGUUGCCACCGGAUUUGCAACGCUGCCUCAUUUUUUGGGAUUUUUUUUAUUCAAUCUAUUGUGGCGGUGGUGGGUGCUGUGGUAGUGUGGUUGGGUGUUGUGCGUGCGGUGGUUGUGUUCUGUGUUGUGCGUACAGUUGUGAGAGGGUUUUUCUCUGAAUUCGGCGCAUCUUCUUCCUCUUCUCCUACCCGUCAACGCUCUCGAGUUGUUCGUUCUCUUCACUCUGCAACAAUGGGGAAGACACGUGGUAUGGGAGCUGGUCGCAAACUCAAGUCCCACCGUAGAAGACAAAGGUGGGCUGACAAGGCCUAUAAGAAAUCUCACCUUGGGAAUGAAUGGAAGAAACCUUUUGCCGGUUCAUCUCAUGCGAAAGGCAUUGUGCUUGAAAAGAUAGGUAUUGAAGCUAAGCAGCCAAACUCUGCCAUCCGUAAGUGUGCUAGGGUUCAACUCAUUAAGAAUGGCAAGAAGAUUGCUGCUUUUGUUCCUAAUGAUGGUUGCUUGAACUAUAUCGAGGAAAAUGAUGAAGUAUUGAUUGCUGGAUUUGGGCGUAAAGGUCAUGCUGUGGGAGAUAUUCCUGGUGUUAGAUUUAAGGUGGUUAAGGUGUCAGGUGUUUCUCUCCUGGCUCUCUUCAAGGAGAAGAAAGAAAAGCCGAGGUCUUAG